UAGCUAGUAGCUUGCUACGAGUAUCUAGCGCUAGCAAGCUAGAUACUAGUGCCUUCUAGCUCCUUCUAGAUCAUAAGCUCACAAAGAUAUAUAUAGCUGCGUCUGCCUUGCCUGCAUCUGCAUCUGCAUCUGCAUGCAUGCGAGCUGACCCCUCCUCCUAGCUAGCUAGCAAUACCGAAUUAGCUAGCAUCGUAUGGAGGAUGACAAGAAGGAGGGCAAGUACCGCGGCGUGCGGAAGAGGCCGUGGGGCAAGUUCGCGGCGGAGAUCCGGGACCCGGAGCGCGGCGGCUCCCGCGUUUGGCUCGGCACGUUCGACACCGCCGAGGAGGCCGCGCGCGCCUACGACCGUGCCGCAUUCGCGCAGAAGGGCGCCACCGCCGUGCUCAACUUCCCCGGCGAGGCUGGCAGGAUGAGUGGCGGUGGCGGGUCGUCUUCCUCGUCGGGCGCCGCCACCGCUGCCGCGAGCAGGCGCGUCCCCGACACGGAGAAGGUGGAGCUGGAGUACCUCGACGACAGGGUCUUGGACGAGCUCCUCGCGGAGGAGUACUACAGCAGCAAGAAGUAGUGGUUCGAAUCGUCGCCGUCGAUCGAACGCACGCACGCACACCGGAAAGAAGAAUAAGCUACGUACUGCUAAAGCUGCUUGGAGUGAAGGAGGAGAAUGGUCUUCGUUGGUUUGGUCGGUGGGUGUAGUGCAUGGCAAGAUUAGUCGUCAUGGCUUGCAUGGACACACUCGCACACGUGUACACCAAACCACUGACACGUACUACGUCCUCUGUCCUGGCCAGCUUUAAUUUGUUACCGCCCA